AUGGCGAAGAAAGUGAAGAAGGCCGGGAGCGAAGGCAUCAACUCGCGCCUCCAGCUGGUUAUGAAGAGUGGCAAGGUGAACCUUGGCUGCAAGACCGCCAUCCACGCGCUCCGCACUGGCAAGGCGAAGCUGAUCAUCAUUAGCAACAACUGCCCUGCUCUCCGCAAGUCUGAGAUCGAGUACUACGCCAUGCUCUCCAAGUGCGGCGUCCACCACUACCAUGGAGACAACAACGAGCUCGGCACCGCCUGCGGGAAGCUCUUCCGCGUCAGCUGCCUGGCUGUGACUGACCCUGGUGACUCUGAUAUCAUUCGCUCUGUGGAGUAG